AUGUCGGGUCCUGAGAUUAUCACCAUCAUUUCGGUCACUGUUGAAGCCAUCGGAAUCAUCAAGACGGUGUGGGAUGCGAUCAAGGACGCCAAUGGACUGCCAGCGGCAUUUCGGAAAGUGCACGACGAACUGCCGCUUGUUGAGGACACUCUUGAGCGUGCCAAGAACAAAGCCGAGGGGGGCCUUGACUCCAGUUCGGCCGGACUGGUUCUUGAUACUGUGACCAAGUGCCGCGACAAGGUCCAGGAGUUGAAGGGUAUCUUUCAGAAGAUCAAGGCGUCGAAGGAUUCCGAGCGUUCAGUCAAGAGGCUCUAUCACGAUAUCGUAAUCCCGCUGGGCAAGGGCCACAGGGUUGAGGAACUGAUGCAGGACAUCUUGGGUGACGUGAAAAAUCUGGCGGCUAAUCAGGUGUUCCAGUUGGCGGCGCAAGUUGACGUGUUGCAACGGGCGAUAGAUGAGCUGGCAGAAGUAGAGCCGUCCGUGCCAGACCGCAAGCUGCAGUCUGGUCAGGGUAGUCACUACAAUGUCAAUGAGGGUUCCGGAACCUUCAACGCGUUGACCGCCUACGGA